UUCCAGGUUUUCCACCUCUCCCUUUCAGUCCAUUUAGUCUCACCUGGCACACCCAAGUCAGUACUCUGCAGUCUGGGAAGGAAACAGGUCUUCUUUGCUGGAGAUAAAGGAAUGGCGUCUGCUGAUCUGAGGAAGGAACUGGAAUGUUCCGUCUGUCUGGACAUUUAUACAGAUCCUAUAAUCCUGAGAUGUGGACACAACUUUUGCCGGGACUGUAUUGGUCAUGUGUUGGAUGCACUGGAUGAUUCUGGAGGUUAUUGCUGUCCUGAAUGUAGAGAAGAGUUCCAGGAUCGUCCUGCACUGCGGAGGAACAGAACACUGCGCAACAUAGUGGAGAUUUUCCUGUCUGCUCAGCCAGAUGAAGAGGAGCCCAGAGUCUUCUGUACUUACUGUAUUCACACUCCUGUACCUGCUGUGAAAUCCUGUCUGCAAUGUGAUGCUUCUCUGUGUGACGAUCACCUGAAAGUCCACAGCAAGUCACCAGAACACGUCUUAUGUGACCCCACCACUUCCCUGGAGAACAGGGAAUGCUCCGUCCAUAAGAAGAUCCUGGAAUAUUACUGCACUGAGGACUCCACCUGUAUCUGUGAGUCCUGCAGGCUGGAUGGAGAACAUCGGGGACACCAGGUGGAGACUCUGGAUGAGGCCUCUGAGAUGAAGAAACAACUGAGAAAUAAUGUGCAGAAACAGAUGGUUGAGAGAAAGGAGCUGGAGAAAAGAGUUCAGGGUCUGCAGGAGAGAGCCACUUCCCUGUUCGGAGUCCUCAGUUGUUUGGAUGACCGGCAGAAGAGACUCAUGAGUGAGAUCACUGAAUGGACAAAGUAGAUCUCUCUAUCAAUGUCUAUUCUGAUCCAACAGCUGGGGAAAAAAUAAUGGAGCUGCUGUCCUGGAUGAUGUAUUACAUUGAGGAUCUGUGUGUAACACGACGGAUCCACUGACUUUCCUAUAGGAAUCGGACACAGGUGACUUGUGUGUUUUUGAGGAUGGAGCUGAUGAUGAUCAUGACAGAGAGAGACAUGAUAAACUCCUCCAUGGUGGGAUAUAUGUAUGGAGAAGUAUACAAAUAUGUAGGGGGGAUCGGAUGUGAGAAAUCUGCCCAGAGGCUGGUGACAUCACAAGGUGUCGGAUUGGUGAAAUACUCCACCAGAAGGAGGAAGUAGUGGAGAAGAGCCAACAUUAUUGAUUUUAUUUUUUAAAGCUGCAGGCUCUAGGACCAUCAUCUUCCUCCUAAACUUCACCACCUAGUGCAGUGAUGGCGAACCUUGGCACCCCAGAUGUUUUGGGACUAAAUUUCCCAUGAUGCUCGUGCACU